AAAUUAUUAGAAUGCGUUUACUAUUGAAUCAUUAGGUCCUAUUUUUCUUAUAUGCAUAUGAUUGGGUAAAAGAAUCCAAGCCCAUUCCAUUGAUUCAGGCAACUGAGCUUCAAUGUCACUUAAGCUUGGAAUUGGAUCAAUAGGUGAAGGAGGAAAACAUGUCUUCAACCAUAAUCGCCAGAUUAUUCAUCUUGGCAAAAUGGGAAAAGUUGAAGAGGCCAUCAGAAUCUUCUCUAACAUGACCCACAAAAACCUUGUAACAUACAAUUCCAUGAUAUCCGUCUUAGCCAAAAAUGCUAGAAUUAGUCAUGCUCGGCAACUGUUUGAUAAAAUGUCCUUACGAAACCUUGUUUCUUGGAACUCCAUGAUUGCUGGAUAUCUUCACAACAAUAUGGUUGAAGAAGCCCGUCACUUGUUUGACAUAAUGCCUGAAAGAGACAAUUUUUCCUGGGCUUUGAUGAUAACUUGCUAUACGCGUAAAGGGAAACUUGAAAAGGCCAGAGAACUGCUUGAGUUGGUUCCUGAUAAGUUGGACACUGCAUGUUGGAAUGCAAUGAUAGCUGGUUAUGCAAAGAAGGGCAAAUUCAAUGAUGCUAUGAAAGUGUUUGAGAAGAUGCCGCUAAAGGAUUUGGUUUCUUACAACUCAAUGCUAGCUGGGUAUACACAAAAUGGGAAAAUGCAUUUAGCAUUGCACUUUUUUGACAGGAUGACCGAGAAGAAUGAGGUUUCGUGGAAUUUGAUGGUGGCUGGGUAUGUUAACGCUGGUGACCUGAGUUCUGCUUGGCAAUUGUUUGAAAAGAUUCCAAAUCCUAAUGUUGUUUCUUGGGUUACAAUGUUGUGUGGGUUUGCAAAAUAUGGAAAGAUUACAGAAGCCAGGGGACUUUUUGACAGGAUGCCUAGUAAGAAUGUGGUUUCUUGGAAUGCAAUGAUUGCAGCCUAUGUUCAAGACUUACAAAUUGAUGAAGCUGUUAAGUUGUUCAUGAAAAUGCCAAACAAGGAUAGUGUAUCGUGGACUACAAUAAUUAAUGGGUACAUUCGAGUUGGUAAGCUAGAUGAAGCACGGGAAGUAUAUUAUCGGAUGCCUUGCAAAGACAUAGCAGCAAAAACAGCAUUGAUGUCUGGAUUAAUACAAAAUGGAAGGAUAGAUGAGGCUAAUCAAAUGUUUCGUCAAAUUGGUGGACGUGAUGUUAUUUGUUGGAACAGCAUGAUUGCAGGCUAUUCCCAGAGUGGAAGAAUGGAUGAAGCUCUCGAUUUAUUUAGACAAAUGCCCAUUAAGAAUGCUGUUUCAUGGAAUACAAUGAUUUCCGGAUAUGCUCAAGCAGGACAAAUGGAUAGAGCAACUGAGGUCUUUCAGGCCAUGGAGGAGAGGAAUAUAGUUUCAUGGAAUUCUCUUAUUUCAGGUUUCCUACAAAAUAAUCUAUACUUGGAAACUAUUAAGAGUUUGGUUAUGAUGGGGCAAGAAGGAAAGAAACCUGAUCAAUCAACUUUUGCAUGUGCCGUAAGUGCAUGUGCUAACCUAGCUUCUUUGCAAGUAGGCAAGCAACUUCAUGAAUACAUUCUGAAAAGUGGUUAUAUGAAUGAUUUAUUUGUCAGCAAUGCCCUGAUUUCCAUGUAUGCAAAAUGUGGAAGGGUACAAAAUGCCGAACAAGUGUUCAGUGAUAUUGAAUAUGUUGAUCUUAUUUCCUGGAAUUCCUUGAUUUCGGGUUAUGCUUUGAAUGGAUAUGCAAAUGAGGCAUUUAAGGUCUUUGGACAAAUGUUAUCAGAGCAAGUGGUGCCUGAUGAGGUUACUUUUAUUGGGAUGUUGUCAGCAUGUAGUCAUGCUGGUUUAGCAAAUCAGGGUUUGGAUUUUUUUAAAUGCAUGAUUGAAGAUUUUGUUAUUGAACCCUUGGCAGAACACUACAGCUGCCUUGUUGACUUGCUUGGUCGCAUGGGUAGGCUAGAGGAAGCAUUCAAUACAGUGAGGGGGAUGAAGGUAAAAGCAAAUGCUGGAUUAUGGGGAUCACUGCUUGGGGCUUGUCGUGUACACAAAAACCUGGAACUUGGCAGAUUUGCUGCUGAGAGGCUGUUCGAACUUGAACCACAUAAUGCCUCCAAUUACAUUACCUUGUCAAACAUGCUUGCAGAGGCUGGUAGAUGGGAAGAGGUUGAAAGAGUAAGGAUACUAAUGAGAGACAAAAGAGCUGGAAAGCAACCUGGUUGCAGCUGGAUUGAAGUGCAAAAUCAAAUACAACAUUUUCUGUCGCAUGAUCCGGCAAAGCUGAGACCUGAAAAUAUUCAUAUUAUAUUGAAUACUUUAGCUGUACACAUGAGGGAUCAAUAUAACAUAUAUGACAUGAAAUCAGCUUUCGACAUUUUAUGAUUGGAGGUACCCACAACCUGGUCAGACCUUCAUAGCUUUAGAAUUACAUUGAAAAGACUUGCAGGUUUGAAUUUAUUUGGUGCCAGACAUAAUGAUGAUGAUUAUAUAUACAUACACCAACUCUCCUAGAUUGGCGAUCAUUCUGGUUUGACUUCACUGAUUCUUGAUAGGCCUCAGAUUUGGUUAAAUUCCUAAUCAAAAUCGUUUUUUAGCUGGAAAGGUUUCUAUUUGUUGACACUUGCAACAACAACUCGGUGCACCGAUUAUGCAAUUUAGUGAGGUGCUGCUAGUGGUCCAGUCAAAUCCAUUUCUUUCUCAAAAAAACAUAUCACUCAUUCAUCUCGGUUCAUCUGAUUCUCACUCACGACUCUCAUACACUCAAAAUUGUUUGAACCCUAAUCUCAUUUUGUGGUGAUUUUCUGUUGAUUGUGUGUGCAAUUCUGUUUUUGAUUCUCAUAUCAAAGAUUUUUUCAUUGUUUGUGGUGCAAUUUCGACUCUAUUUUCUCCCUAAUUUUCAUAUCUGAUCUUUUUUCCUCUUUUUGGUUCUAUUAAAUUAGUGCAGAGACAAAACAAUGUUGCUGAUUCUGUGACUGCUACAAAACAUUUAUAUUCUGCUACACCAGGUUUGAAUGAAUUAUUUAUAUUCUAUCCUGUGCUGCUGAUGGUGUUUGUUUCACAAAGUUUGUUGCGUACUUGUGAUUUUGUUCCUAUUUUGUUAAUUUUUAUACUGUUGAGCUGUUAAGGUCCUUUUGGGUGCUACCAUUCUGGUUCAGUUUUGUUAUGGGUUUAAAGACUCUGCUCUGAUUGUGAAUAUGGGAGGAAUUGACUCAAUUGAGUCACCAAACCAAAGUCAACUAAGUUUUCACUACAUCAAACAACAAAGGUACUAUUAUUGAUUCUGGAACAACUUUAGCGUACCUUGGAGAAGAGGCUGACAAUCCUUUAGUCAAUGCAGAAAUGAGUUGCGCUCAGAGGGGUAUCUGCCAGAAUACAGGUUUCAAUAUGCUAAAGACGUCACUAGGCUAAGACAAUUAAUCGGCUAUACCCAAAUGCCCAUACAUGGCCAAAGGUACUGAGCCCUGCUAUUUCUAUUGUAAGAAAUGGUUUGAGAUCUUCUUACUGAAUGUUAGAUUUGGUGUGAUCGAUGGAGUGGCCCCUAUACCACUUUUACAAAUUACAACCUUGGUGCUGCUAUGUAUAAAUUCUUCUUCUUGUAUGUAUAUUUUAUCCUUUUCCAAUUUUGGCCAAUUAUAUGCCAUUUUUUGAAUUCAUUACCAAAGAGUAUUUUUUUUUGUUGAACCCCACAAAAAAUAAUCUCUUUAAAAAAAUUUAACAGAUACUUAAUAGGUGAACAUUCUUUUUUGCCUUGAAUUUUUUAUAUAGACAAGUGUUAGGAAUUAUAUGCCAUUUGUGGAGAUGGGCGAUUGAAUAUUAUGAAAUUAUAUUUGUAUUAAAGAGUUAUGUGAGCCAAUGCUACAUGCUUAACUACAUCUUUUCUCAUAAAAUAUUGAGCCCCUUGCUGUGUAGAUGGUCA